UGUACUCUCGUGAUAUCACGAAGAUUCACGGCCAUGUUCUCGCCCGUCAUUGUAGAUCACCCAUUGGAAACCAAAUUUGCAUUAACAUUGUGCUAUCGAUUAACAAAUCGGGUUGAAUAAUAGUGGAAAUAGAACCCUUUAACUAAUUUAAAUGUGCCCAUAUAUUCUUCAUUGAAUUUUGAUGGAAAAAGACAUAUGUAAUAAGUGAAUACUGGACUUAAAAGUGAAUAUAAACCUUCGUUUAUCUUGAUUUCCUUGGAAUAUUUACGAGCGCCAUUUGGGAGAUGUGACUGACAGGCUACAUCUAAGAAUAUCAGUUUUAAUGACUUUUAAUCCUUCUAGAUCAUGAGUGGACGUCCCCGAACAACGUCCUUUGCUGAAGGAAAUAAAGCCGGAUCGACUGCACCUUACGGCGGAAUGAGAACAAUAAGUAAAGACGGUAGUAAAGUGACAACUGUUUUAGCCACUGCUGGAACAGGAUCAGAUAGAACACAAGAAGUGUCAUAUACUGAUGCCAAAGUUAUAGGAAAUGGUUCCUUUGGGGUAGUUUAUCAAGCCAAGCUAGUCGAAACCAAUGAACUUGUUGCUAUCAAAAAAGUCUUACAAGACAAAAGAUUCAAGAACAGAGAAUUGCAAAUAAUGAGGAAGCUUGAACAUUCAAAUAUUGUGAAAUUAAAAUAUUUCUUCUACUCAGCUGGAGAAAAGAAAGACGAAGUGUUCCUAAAUUUAGUCCUAGAAUAUGUUCCUGAGACCGUUUACAGAGUAGCUCGACACUAUAGUAAAUCCAAACAGACAAUUCCUGUUUUAUAUAUCAAGUUGUACAUGUACCAGUUAUUUCGAAGUUUAGCAUAUAUUCAUUCACAAGGAGUUUGUCAUAGAGAUAUAAAACCGCAGAAUUUAUUAUUAGACCCGGAAACAGGUGUACUCAAGUUGUGUGACUUUGGCAGUGCCAAGGUUUUAGUAAGGGGAGAACCCAACGUUUCAUACAUUUGUUCAAGAUAUUACAGAGCUCCAGAGCUAAUAUUUGGUGCUACAGACUAUACAUGUCAAAUAGAUGUGUGGUCUGCAGGGUGUGUUCUGGCCGAAUUACUUCUAGGCCAGCCUAUAUUUCCUGGAGACAGUGGCGUUGAUCAACUGGUAGAAAUAAUAAAAGUCCUAGGCACCCCAAACAGAGACCAAAUAAAAGAAAUGAAUCCUAAUUACACGGAAUUUAAAUUUCCACAGAUAAAAACACAUCCGUGGAACAAGGUUUUUAGACCAAGAACACCACAAGAGGCUAUACAGGUUGUCAGUCGGUUAUUAGAAUAUAUUCCGUCAGCUAGAAUAUCUCCUCUUGAAGCAUGUGCUCAUUGUUUUUUUGACGAAUUAAGAGAACCAUCUACAAGGUUACCCAAUGGUAGAGAAUUGCCUCCCUUAUUUAAUUUCACCCCUCAAGAAUUAUCAAUACAGCCUAAUCUCAACCCUAAACUUAUACCUCCACACAUUCGUGCCAUUGUAAAUGACGGGCCACAAAGCUCAUCUCAGGACACUACAACCAACCCAGACGCCCAGGGUACAACAGCCACUGGAGGCACAGCUUAGAGAUAUAGUACGAUUUUAGUGAAUCUACAGCAGGGAUGUCACCAAUGAAUAGUUUUACAAUGAUGUGAUAUGAUAAAAAUUCGUUGAUUGGAGAUUGGCAUGUUUUAAUUUUGAUCAUCCUCUUACUGCAAGUAAAACAUUGGGAUGAUGAUGAUGAUAAAUUGUUGACGGAUAUUGUUGAAGCUUGUGAUUAUAGAAAACAAUUUUUAUCUGAAAUAAUCAAUGGCAUUUUUAUCCACGAUUUUAUUAGUUAUAUUCAUACAGAGUAUGAAAUUUUUAAUAAUGAUUGUUCAGCGGAUGCCAAAUAGACUCCAAUCAUACUGCCGAACAUUUGUUUGACGGACAGAGUUUGCAUGAGUGUGUAAAUGAAUGAAUGAAUUGUUGUGAAUGUUACUUGUUAUAGCAGUACAGAGUACCAGUAUACAGAAGAAAGCAUUGUAGACAUUACCUAUUUUUCGGGCCGACUACAAUGCUUACUUUCUAAGGUUGGGGAGCAUUUUUAGUAAAGUGCUUUCUUGCCUAUAAGUUAUGAUGAUAGUCCUAACUUCGAUGUCUCCUUAUUACUUAAUCUGCAUUCUAUCGAUUCAGUUUUAUAUAACAAAGAAAUUGAUGGAAUGUAGUAUGUGAUUCAUAUUUUUAUUUAUUUGAGCAGAACUUACUUUGAAAGUGAAGAAAUUGUUUUAUUUAAACAAGGAGUACUGCAUCAUAUGGAUUACAUUAAGAAAGAGAGAAAAAUACUGAUAGUAUGUAAUAUAUUUAUUGUUGGGGCUAUUCAAGAAAAUGUCCUGGGUCCUUUGAAGGCAUUAAUUUUUGAGGAUGAUAGGGCAAGGUGAAAUUAUUUCAGUGAAUUUAAAUAAAUAAUAUGUUGAUGUUAGGAAUCAGAAAAACGUUCCUUAAACAUGUUAAAAGAAAUCAAUUUUUUGGGAACAUCCAGAUUUUUUGAUAUUUUCCAUGAAAAGGACUAACUGAAUUUCAGUCUAUCAAUAUUGGGACAAAUGUUUCCUGUGAUUUUUUAUGCUCUUUUGAGAUUUGUUUUUGUGUUUCCUUCUCUUAUGCUCAAUAAUUUAACAGAUAGAUAGUACAGCUUUGGUUAUGUAAGAAACUAUGAUAUGCAUGAUGUAGCAAGUUUUUUAAGUCCAGAGUAUGUAAAUAUUGAAUUCAGGACAUGGAUUUUUAUUUGCAGCUAAAUUCUACAAUAAGGAGUAAAUAAAUACAGCUAGCUUAGGAAUUAAAAAUGCAUCUGAAUUUUACACAUAUUCAGUUAUAAUAAUCAUAGUAAAUGACGCAAAAAGGUUCUUCCUCUAGUUUUUUUUCUAGAAAGAAUCCAGAAGCUGACUUAUUCGAAAGUGAUUUAUAGUUUUAUUUUUACACAUUACCAUAAACCAAUCUUACAAUCAACUGUUUUUACACGUUUUAUUAGACCUUUCACUAUUUUAAAUGAGAUGAAUGUUAUUUUACUGCAGGUUAACAGCCAUAUUGGCACACUGGUCCACAACUAUGAUCACAUGCUGAUUUAAACAGAACAAAAAUCUAAAUGCAGAAGUGUAUGCCUUCUUCUUUCAGCUUUAAUUUAAAGAACACUAUUGUUUCACACUAGUAAUCGGAAACAAAUAGAAAAGGGAGCUUCAAAUUAAAGGAGAAUUUUCCCGUUAUAUGUUCUAAUAGUAUUUAUUGAUUAUGUGAUUUUAUGAACAUAAUGAAAGCGUUGACACAGUAUGUAUGAAUCCUUGGAACAAGAGGUCACUACAAUGUUGUAAAAUUUCCUUGACAUCUAUUUAUUUGCAUUAGCAAAGACACUGUUUCUUAUCUUCCAUUCAUGUUAUUUAUUAUUUUCUAUAUUGUAACAUUUUUUUCUAUUGAAAAUAUUAGUGGAAUAUAUUAAUACAAAUGAAUUCAGUCUCCAAAUAAAAGGAAAAGUGUUUUGUUACUAGUCAGGAGUGGAUUUCACAAAAAAAACUUCAGACUAAGAUUGGUUGUACAUGUUAGUCCUAAACAAUACAGUUUACUGAUGAUCAAUCUUAGUCAUAAGUUUUUUUUUGAAACUGACUCCAGAUUCCUUUUCUGUCUAAGACUUUGGACCUAGAGUUUUGGGGAUUGGUUUAAAUAUCAUUAUUUGUACUUUUUAUCUUAAAAAAAAGUUAACUUGAAAGAUAAUUUUACAGACUUUCAAUUGAUAAAAACUGAAAAAAAUAAAUCCUGAAAAUACUAAAAAUAUGUUGCUAAUGUGUUAUUGUUAUUUUUUCUUUGUGGUAAAGAAUUUAAAAUAGAAUAAAUAAUUUGUCUGAUUUUGUCUACUUAUUUUUAUAUUAUUCUAAUAAAUUAUUAAUGACUUGAUUAUGAAAAUGAAAAUAGAAAAAUAUAAAUGUUAUACCAAAAAGUUAAGUGUCAAGUCUUUUCUAUGCCAAUACUAUGUUCUUUACUUCUUAAAUUGUUUUUAAACAUUGUACAAUGAAAGUUUAUAGAAAAACAUUUCAAUUCAAUGUUUUGUGAUAUGUUUAAAUCAGACUGGAAUCUUCAAUGACAAGUCUUAUAUUGAAUUAAGAUUCUAUAAAAUUGUUUCCAGCCAUUUACAUUUCAUGAAUCAUUAUAAUGGUAUAAAAAUAGAAAUCUUAAAUUUGAAUCAGUUACAAUUUAUUUUACCUAUAAGAUUUCUUUUAAGUCAUUUCACUUUCUUUCUUUUUUGAAAUUUGUACAAACGAUGAAUAACAAAUCCUUAGUGAAAAACUAUUUUUAAGGAAUAAAUCUGAAAAAGAACAAGGCACUUUUACACGAGACAUUUUAAAUUCAGAUUCUGCAAGAAAAACAUUGUUUUCAUUACAUAACCAGUAUUAUAAUCACAGUAAUCGAUCACAUGCAGUGACAUAUUUCUGUCCUGAGAUUGAAAACAUGUCAGCACUGUAUUCUAGUUGACAUAGUGAAUAAUAUUUAGUAAAUUCUGUGUAAUUUGAACAUUAUGAUCAGUGAGGAAAGGUGUUUGUUUUAGACACAUUUCACUGUAGUUACUAUGAAUACGUGCAUUUUAGGUGACCACAUCUGUUCAGUUGUGUAUGAUGUAAAAUGUUGGUAAAUAAAAAUUAAAGAUGACAAUAAA